AUGCCGGCGGAGGUGAGGGCAAGAUGGCUCGCCGAUGCCAUGAAAGCUGUGGCUGCAAGCGAGAUGGAUGCUUCCAGCAUAUUCGCCAUCGCCGCAGACCCUGAUUUUGCGGACGGCGCCUCGCAAACCCUUGGCGCCCGCAUGCUCCGCGUGCUGCGCGGCAACUCGCGGCACUUCAGUGAGGAGCAGGCCCGCGUGUUGCAGGAAACGUGUUCCGUGGCCCAGCGCUUUGGGAGUGCAACUUCUGCGGGAGGCUCCAAGAACGAGGGUGAGACAGAUUCCGUCCUCGGCGCAGAAGCCGACACCAGCGCGCAGGACGAACAGAUGAAGCUUCGGCAGCAGCAGCUGGAAGAAAUGCAGGCAGCAGCUACGGCGCGGCGGCGGCACCUCAUGGAGACGUGCCAGGAG